CCUGCGCAGACCGCGCGGCGAGGUGGGGGAGGGCGGUCCGUGUGUGUCUGUGUUGUUGUUCGGCGGCAGCGGCGGCGGCGGUAAGAUGGCUGCCCACGGGGGCUCCGCGGCGUCGUCGGCGCUGAAGGGGUUAAUUCAGCAGUUCACCGCCAUCACCGGUGCAAGUGAAAGUGUAGGGAAACAUAUGCUUGAAGCCUGCAACAAUAAUCUGGAGAUGGCAGUCACUAUGUUUCUGGAUGGUGGAGGAAUCGCUGAAGAGCCCAGUACCAGUUCAGCAAGUGUCUCCACUGUCAGACCACACACAGAAGAAGAAGUUCGUGCUCCAAUUCCUCAAAAGCAGGAAAUAUUGGUGGAACCAGAACCUUUGUUUGGUGCUCCUAAAAGACGACGACCUGCACGUUCAAUAUUUGAUGGUUUCCGGGAUUUUCAAACUGAAACUAUUCGGCAAGAACAAGAGUUAAGAAAUGGAGGAGCAAUAGAUAAGAAACUAACUACCCUUGCAGAUCUAUUCCGGCCACCCAUUGAUUUGAUGCAUAAAGGCAGCUUUGAAACAGCCAAAGAGUGUGGCCAGAUGCAGAAUAAGUGGCUGAUGAUAAACAUUCAAAAUGUACAAGACUUUGCAUGCCAGUGCCUCAACCGUGAUGUAUGGAGCAAUGAAGCUGUGAAGAAUAUUAUCCGGGAACAUUUCAUUUUCUGGCAGGUUUAUCAUGACAGUGAGGAAGGUCAGAGAUACAUACAGUUUUAUAAGCUAGGGGAUUUCCCCUAUGUUUCCAUCUUGGAUCCACGGACAGGUCAGAAGCUAGUAGAGUGGCACCAGUUAGACGUAUCUUCUUUCUUGGACCAAGUGACAGGAUUUCUGGGUGAACAUGGGCAACUGGAUGGACUUUCUAGCAGUCCCCCCAAAAAAUGUGCCCGUUCAGAGAGCCUUAUAGAUGCAAGUGAAGACAGCCAGCUAGAAGCUGCCAUCAGAGCCUCCUUGCAAGAGACACAUUUUGAUUCAACACAGACAAAACAGGAUAGCCGCUCAGAUGAAGAAUCUGAAUCUGAACUUUUUUCUGGCAGUGAGGAGUUCAUAUCUGUUUGUGGCUCUGAUGAAGAAGAGGAGAUAGAGAAUCUUGCCAAGUCCAGAAAGUCUCCCCACAAAGAUUUGGGGCAUAGAAAAGAAGAAAACAGAAGGCCACUAACUGAGCCCCCAGCCAGAACUGAGCCUGGAACAGCCACAAACCACCAAGGAUUGCCAGGUGUAGAUUCAGAAAUAUUGGAGAUAUCGCCUGAAAAAUCAGAUGGAAUAGUGGAGGGCAUAGAUGUAAAUGGACCAAAAGCACAGCUGAUGUUGCGGUAUCCAGAUGGAAAAAGGGAACAGAUCACUCUUCCAGAGCAAGCUAAACUGCUAGCUUUGGUGAAACAUGUCCAGUCUAAAGGAUAUCCAAAUGAACGUUUUGAACUUCUCACCAACUUCCCUCGAAGGAAACUCUCUCAUCUGGACUAUGACAUUACAUUACAAGAGGCAGGCCUUUGUCCUCAAGAGACUGUCUUUGUACAGGAAAGAAAUUAACAUCAUGGCCUGACCUCUCUCAGCUCACCCCUUUUUUUCCCUUUUCCUGUGAGAUACCAUGUCACUGAGUAUGCAUUUUGGCUCAUAGGACCAUAGAGCCAAAGUUGGGCAAGCAAGUCACCUGCCUUCUCUUUUUAUUUCUUGCUCUCUCUCCCCACCCCCACCUUUUCUCUCCUCUUCAAUUUUCUUCUUUUUCCUGCUUUUCUUUCUUUCUUACCUAAUCUGGUGACCAAAUGGAAGUGUAAGGAUAAGACCUCCUAGUACUGGCAGCAGGAAAUGUGUGUUCCAACAAGUGGUCUCUUGCACGGCACUUUUUCGGGAUCAAAUAAUGUUACUCCUCCGACUCCUUUGUGAAAGGAAUGGCUAGUUUCAGAAUAAGAACAACCUCCCUUUUUUGUAAGCCCCAUUUUUAGUAGGGAGAAGAAAUUCUCUAACACAUGUUUUGUUUUGUUUUGUUGUUCAUGUAGGAAAUACCACGUAACAAAAUAUCCAGACUUUUGUUUUACAUGGAAAAAGCAUCCCUUAUAAUUGUUGCUCAUGGUACUUAAAAUUUUUUUUCAAAAGAUUCUUCCCAGCUAGAGUUAUUUCCAUCAUAUGUGUUGUAGGCAGAAUGAGUGUUAAAUGUAGAGUGAGUAGCAUGGGUGGCUUUCAAUAUCCUAGCCCGAGACAGCUUUCUUUGUUAUUACUCUUUAAACUGUAUUGAUCCUGCUAGUCCCAGAAUGGACAUUUAGUGAGUACAUUGUGUGACUGGGAUAGGAAGGUGCUUGCUGUUUUUGCCAGUACAGCAUAUUAGUUCCUUUGGCCCUUCCAUUGUUUGGGUCCAGAAGUGAUCUAUAGGAAGGCAGCUGUUCAAUAAUCAUGCAGUACAAUGGCUUGUAGUUGGAACCAUAUGGUUAUUGAUUGUCCUAUGUGCUUUAAGGCAUACUUAUGUAUGUCCCGGGGGAAAAAGAAAAAGAUGCAGCUGAGAGUUGCUAACCAUGUUCCUUUGGUUAGAAGUAAAUGAUUCAUUUUUUACCCCUGAUUGGAACAGUCUCUAAAAGGCUCUGGUGAUUGAAUGAGCUUAAUUCCUCAUGCUGUUUUCUUGUAAAAGGUAUCGAAACUGAAAGCCUCUCUAAGGGGAAAAACUUUAAAUUCAGCUCAUAAGACAACAUUUAGUAAGGGAGGUAGGAAAGAUUACCAGUAAUCUUCAGAUGUUGUGGGUAUUUUCUGCCAACAAAAGCCACAUUCAAAUUGUAGUUGGUGAAAGCUUCUUUCAGUAUUAUUUAGAAAAGACCAUCUUGAAUCUAUCUAAUACAGUUUGACUUAUCAGCUUCACUAUAUGCUCAGGUCUUAUUUUGAGCAUUAAGUAGAGUCCUCUGAAGGGGUAAUAGUGAUUCUGGUGGCAAAAUCAGAACUUUAACUUGUUAUAAAACCAUAAUGUAGAAUGGACCUAUUUUGUCAAUUGGGGAUUUAGAUUGAUUGAUUCUUCUACUUGAGGAACAUAGAUUGCUAUUGCACAGAGACCUUUAAAUUCCCAUAUACUUUAGGAUCACUCUGUUGGCAACUAGGGGAUUAAAAAAAAAAGAUGCUUAUGCAUUGCUAGUACACAAUUAGAGAAUAUUUCUAACGGUUGGAUUUUGAGGGACCCUCCCUAAAGAAUGAGUUAUGUAUCUCCUCAAGGAAAUCAUGGAAAAUUCUGUUUCUUCUUCAGUGAGUCCUUUUGAAUUAAUGUUCUUACAUUUUUUCCUAAGUCUGUGUAAGUGCUUAUGUAUAAGUAUAUAAUUGUAUAAAUAUUUAUAAAUAUAUUUAUAUAAUUACAAUUUCAUUUAUACCUUGAGUCAAAGUUCUGUCUUUAGAUUGGUGACUGAGUAAUACCACUUUGGUGUUUUUUCAAAGGCUCUCAAGGCUAACUAGCAGGUUCUGAUUUAUGGAGGAAACAUGGUUUUCAUGUUAAUUCCUCAUUUGUAUCUCUGAACUUGGAUAAUAUACUUACUAUCUGAGGAAUAGAGCUGUAUACUAUUAAAGGUGCGUUAGAGGGUAAAAAAAUUGUUGAUAGUAGACGAGGUCAGAAAUCUGAAAAUUCAGGGAGGCACAGGGUAAUAAAUGAGGAUAUGCCCAGCUUUGGUGCUAUGAUGGCACCCAUCUCUAUUCUCAGUAAAGUGACAGCUAAAGCCCAAAUCUGUCAAAAAUGUGAAGUCGAGAAUUUUCCCAAUAGGACUCUGUUUCAUUCUUUUGCCUACUAGCUUCUCUUUAUGAAACAUAUUUAGAGAACUUGAGACAACAUGUUUAUUAAUGAUAGGAUGUAGUUCUUUUAGAUAAGCUCGGCCCUGGCAUAUCCAUUUAUGAGAAACCAAAGUGACUUUUUCAACUUGGAUUUCUGUGAGAUGACCAAGUAUAUAUAAAGUGAUUUAAAUCAGCAUAUCAAAGAGGGCAUGAGAUAUUGAUCCAACUGGAUACAGCUGGGGUGUUUAGAGUACAAGAUGUGGAGGAUUGUAUUUUAUUUCAAGGCAGGAGUGUAAUUAUCCUGGGCUUGAUAUAGAGGCUCAUGGGGGAGGGAUUAUGGAUUUUACUACUUGGGAAGAGUAAAUAAGGAGUAUUGCUUUGCUCAAGAACUUAAUCCUCUUAGGGAGUAUGCUUCCUCCUGUUUGUCUUAUUUCCUCUGCAAAUUCCUUUGCUCUUUGGAGGAGAGGUUUUAUUGAAUAGAUUAAAUGAAGUUAGUAAAAUAGUUAAAAAUAGUCAUUCCUUAUAGGUAUUGGAAACAGCUUGAAAGAGAGUUUAAAAGGUAGAGAGGAAAAGAACAAGAUACACUUUGAGAGUAAGUGAUGAGACAAAUACAGGGAGAUGAAGUGAAAACUAGUGGGGAAAAAGUGACAGGAAGCCUUGAAUUUGACUUAGCAAGGAACCAGAGAAGAGAAAGAACAGCCAAAUGAGAGAACAGGGAACUAAUUUUGAGUGACUAGCAUGUGCUAGGUGCUUUAUGUACAUUUUCUCCAAUCUUGCUAAGAACUCUACAAAAUGCGUAUUUUCCCCAUUUUAUAGAUAAGGAAGAAAAUUGAAGUUCAGAGAACUUGUUCAGGAUGUCACAGCUAGUAAGUGGCAAAAUAAAAAUUGGCAUCCAGAGUCCCUGCUGUUUUCACUCCCAUGUUGUAGUCUUCUACGACAGUUUGCCCAAAAGAGUAUCUUCCCAUCGUUCGGCUCUGUAAAUUAUCAUUUGGUUGUGUUUCCUUAAAGCUUGUGGGAUUUGUGCUUUGCCUAUACGUUCUUAUUUACACCAUUAUUUUGAGGGGCUGAUUAUUCAUUGCUUUUGUAAAAUGAUGCACUGAUGAAAAUGUGAAAGGAAAAUAUGUGGCAUUAUUUGCCAAGAAUAAAUGGAAAGGAUAAAAAAGAUUUUACCUUUUUUAACCAUUUUUCAGAAAAGAUGCAAUUAUCUUUUCUAUGUCCCAUCCAUAUCAGAUUAUUGAACCCUCUGUGUAUGUUUUAAAAUAAUCUAUAAAAUUCUACUUCCUUGACUCUAUAAGUCAACAAUUAUUUAUUGAAUCCUUAAUGAAAGUUGGAAAUAUCUUGAAAUCUAAGCUCUGGUUCCUACCUGUUUUAUCAAGUUGGAGAGACACACUACACAUAAGAUAAUUAGAGAACAUGUAAAUGCUUACAUUUGUGGGACCGAACUAUAAUUACAAUAGAAGUUUAGAAAGGGGAAAGAAUAGUGUAGGCUUUAGUUAGAAGUCUUCACAAAAAAUAAAACUGAAAAGUGGCAAACACUGUAGCUCAAAUUUUCUUUUGACUCAUCUGUAUUCUUUAGUUCACGUUUUAUACCUACGAGACUUAGGGCAUGUUUACCAGUAAAGCGUGUCCAGUACCUACAUAAGAAGGAAUUACUGAUCCCAGGACUAAAGAUUUUAGCUAGCAGGAUCUCACUUGGACACUUAGGAAAAUACUAGAAGGAACCACUAGCAACUGAAAAGUGAAAGAAAGAUUUAGUUUCUCUACCCAGGUACAAAUUAAAUGUAUAGUAUAUCAUAUAUGAUAUGCAGAAGGAGCACUAUAUACAGGCAUAAGUGCACUUGGGUAACAGCUCUGCUACUAAUUAACAGAGAAUUGGACUAGGUCAAUAGUUCUCAGUCUGUUCAAGUAAAAAGACUUGUAAUUUUAAAAAUUUGAUGGGGUGGGGAAUUCUGGAGUUAAAUAUUAAUAUUAUUAAUUCCAUCAAUGGAGAAAAUGUAAAUGUGCAUAUGAGAUUGCAGAAACUCUAGGAACCCACAGAUUGUUGACCACUGAAUUAGAUUAUCUCUGAAGUCCUUUCCACUCCAAAAUUUUAUGCUUCUAGCCUCUCCCCUUUAUUAUUUAUUAUCCCUAGGCUAAUUAAAAGUAUGUUUGUCAAUCACUUCCUUUGCUUUUUUGCCUGUGUUGAGGUUUCAUUUGCCCAUACUUAAUCUAACCUCAUUGUGAUGACUGAAAUCUCCAAAAAGGAGAGUGUGAUAGUUACAAAUGUAGUAAUGAUCUUUUAAACACAAUUCAUUAAUUUUAAAAUUUAAUACUGUGUUCCUAGUCAGUGUUGAGUAUGACUAAAAUGUAAUUAAUGAGAACUAAACAUUUCACUGACACCAGAGUUAAAUUUUAUUUUACCUGUGUGCUUAAAAAAAGCACUUUGCUGGCUGAGCAAUUGUUAGGAAAUUAAUUUGUGUAAGUUGUAGAAUUCACACUUGGUUUUGGCAAAAACAACUUUUUCAGAUUCAAUUAGGUGGACUUUUAAAAAUAUUUCUUAUCCCAUAGACUGUAUCUCCAUUGUGUCAUUCUCUCUCUUUCUCUGACCCGCUUUCCUUUAACUACUCAAUAGUAAAUCAUGGGAUGCAGCUUGAUGAAUAAGUAAUGUCUCGUGUAAAAUUAAAUGAGAGUAGGAAGAACCAACCCUUCUGAUGAAUGUGGCAAUUUUCUAAUAAUACAAGCCUUGAUGAAACGGUUACUUACAGACAGCUGUGUACUACAAACAUUCAACUUCAUUGGUUUGCCUUGCUUAGCAUUUCAGUUAUUGUCUUGCCAUGAAACUUAGUAUUGCACUGUACACAUUUUAGAAUAGUGACAAGAAUGUUCUUUAGCACUGAAAACAACCAACAGAGAAUACCAAGCCAAUAUAUUGAUUUCUCCUGUUAUUUAGAAAUUUAGUGUUUCAAUACUGGUUAUUUUGGUCUUUGACUCACCUAUGUCAAUCCUGCUAGAGAGGCAACUUAGCAUCAAGAGUAUUUUUUUAUAGAGAUAGUGAUAACCUCAGUUGUUUAAAUCCCAUGAAGUGAACUUGUUAAAGUUAUUGGAUGUAGUGGUGAGACCCUUAAUUAGAAAAAUCUUUUAAUGCUUUCUUUUUUACUUUUCCAUUCUCUAUUCUUGAUUUUUGACAUCCGUCAUGAUUUUUAAUGAAAUUGCCUAUGUAUAUGAAAUUCCAUUUCUAGGUUUUAAUAUGUAAUAUUUUUCUUUUUUUUAUAAAUUAAUAUACAAAGGAAGAAUUUGAGGCAAGCAUCGUUUUAAUAGAUCAUUUUCUCUCUACUUAAGAAUUCUCUUAUUCCAAGUAUAGAUUGGCUAGCUCCAGGACUCCCCUCCCCAGGUUUUUGGCCUACAGAAUACUGUUGUAUUGCCUAGAAUCUCAGUCAUUCUCAUAAACAUGAUAAUUUUUGGUACAGGCCUUUCUUUGCCAUAUGGUCUCAAAGUAGAGUUGGGCAAUUCAAUAUGAACUACUUUCGCAAAAUAUAAUUUAGAAUUUUUGUAAAGUAUGUUCAAAAGAUAACCAGAUUUACUUGUGGGAUUAGAGAUACAAAUACCAAUGGUAGAAUUUUGCCUAAGAACAAUCACCUACUAAACUAUCAAUAUGAGAAGUUGCCUUUUUGUACUUAAUUCUGUUGCAACAAACAGCAAGUUUUUGUUGUUUGCUUAAUGGUAUUUCCUCUAGAGCGAUCAGAAUGCCCUAAGAUUUUAUCUCUUAUAAGGUCACUUGGGUUUUCAAAUAGAAAGAAUAGUCAAGCUAAGCUGGACUGAACAUAAGAAAAAAUUUAUCUCCAUCAAAAGAAGUUAUUAAUCUAAGUGGGCUAGUAUGAAUCAUUCAUUUAUUAGACAUAGUAGAUAAAAUGGGAAACAUUUCAAAUCAUUAGAUAAACUGACCCAGAAUUGAAUUCUCCCUUCCUUAAAAUAUUUUUUAUUUGCUUUUUUCAUAGACUCAAUGUGGGCAUAUUAACUGAUAAGGGAGAGAUUCUUGAUCUGGAACCAUUCCCUGCCAUUCUGCUUGUUUUUUCCUCUUUUAAGGUUGCUGGCUUUAGAGUACAUGUCACAAGGAUCUCAAGUUAAUGACAUUGGAAUGUUGAUGCUCAGUUGGAUAUCUUGCUGUUUUCAACAAAAUGGUUUUAUAGUAUGCUUUCUCAAAGCUUCUGUGUUCUUAAUGGAAAAUAUCAAUAAAUUAAAUGGUGUGAUUCAAAAUAUAAAUAGGUUUUUGACACUAAUCAUAUGCUCUUAACAAUCACUUUUUGAUAAUUUAUUGUCCUGUACGUUAAACCUCACAUAGAGCGACAAUUGCCACCAGAAAAUUCCCCUUUACCUGCUAAUUAGAAUGAAAGUAGUAUGUGACCUCCGCUUUUCAGUUAAUGAGUAGCAAGCUUGUAGUAGGGGCUGUUUAUCUUACCCAUUUUGGGAUUUGGGCCUUAUUACUUUCUUAGGUUUGUCCCUUCAGUUUGGAAAGGCUAUUUAAAACACUUGCUGGGAAACAGACAGUAAAGCUAUGAGAUAAUUCUCUAGUCUUAGAGAUAGAGAAAUGAGUACCAGUUGAUGCUAACAUGAUACUUAAGACUUUGAGGGGCUUCCAUCCAAGCUUUGGCAUGAAUCUGUUAGACAAAAUUUUAUUCACUCCUUUAAGAAUCUUUUUUCUAGAACGGUUUUCCUUUUUAUUGUUAACAACUUCUAAGCAUCUGGUGUCUUUUUUUUUAAGAAACAAAGUCCUUUUUCCAGUAGGUAUUGACUGUUCCAUGGAAACUCUCAGGAGUGUUUGUAGGCUCUGUGCAUGCUUUGUAUGAGUUCAGUUUGAACAAUGCGUUUUGAAUCAUCUAGGAUGUCCAAUUCUGGCAUGUCUUCACUAAUUGUGUUUUUAAACAUUUUUCGUGUCAUUUUCCAAACCUUACUUCCCAUCUUAUUCAGAGAGGUUAAUCAAGGAAUGAAAUUUGUUUGGGGAUAGGGAUGGGGGUGGGUUGGGGACUUGAGUGAAGUCAACUUGGGGUAUUUACUUUAAAGUGUUUCUCAAGCAGUUCCUAAACAGUAUUUAGAGAUUCCCUGGGAUGUUUGUGUACUCAGUUUAUUCUGGAUAAAGUGGUGGUCUUAGUGAGAUUUGCAUUCUUCAGGCAGGACAGGCUCUCAAUUUCAUCUGUAGUGUAACUUUGUAUUUGAAUCCAAGAAAGUAAUGGACAGAGACAGUGCUCCUAUUGUAAUGUUUCUGGCAAGUGCUCCUUAAAAUGCACAUAUAAUCCUCAGUUUUCUGAGCUUUUAAUCCCAUGGUGCUAGGAGAUAUCAUUUGUGUCUGCAGCUCUUCUCGAAAGUGAGAAGAAGGCUUUGGGACCAGUAAGCAAGGGGCAACUGGAUCAUCCACUAAAUUUUUUUAUUCAAGACACACUAGAGACCCUCCUGUGUAUCUAGUAAGUGAUAAUAAAGGUGCUAGGGAAAGCCUUAAAUUUGAAGACACAUGGAGACCAUAGAAAAUCUAAAGUUGUAGGAGGAGAAAAACAUGCCAUAGAUAAAAUAGAGCUGUAACUGCUGGCUAAGACUCAAUGGAACUUCCACUUGCUCUAAAACCAGGGAAAUCUUAGAUAACUGGGUGUGAUGUAUCUAUAGAUACACAUAGUCUAUAGGUAAAUACUUUAUAAAAUGAGGAUCUUUCCCUCAGUUGGUGAUCCUCUGGUUUUGGCUGUACCAAAUUGUGAAUAUUCUUGCUGUGUUGUACCCAGUUGCUUUAUAUUGAUACUGCAACUUGAAUUGGGAAGGGGGGGUGGGACAAUUGGGGUGGGGGAGGGAGGGGAGUGGGACGAUAAGUCUUUUGAAGACAUCAGCUCACUGUGCUGAGAGAGGGACCAAACUCAAGGAAACCUCUGAUCUAUAAAUUCAACUGCUGCAUUUUUUUAUAAAUACAUGUAAAUGUCCUGUUGUAAUAUUUGAUCUUGGAAAUAAAAUCAAAAACUUUUCAGUA